AUGAAGGGACUGCGCGUUCCAUUCUUUGGCUUUGCCGUGGUUCUCGUAACGCUAUGCAGCGCCCAGCCGCUCGAAGCUCUUCCUUCAGCUUUCACACCAUUCUGGUCUCGCGAGGAGAUUGGUGGAACAGGCUGGGGAGCCAGAUCGGCCCCACCAGGUGCCAGGCAGCCAUCAAGCGUGUCCUGCCUCGAUACUCCUUCGCCAGUCGUCCGCGUCAAUUCGAGUGGACUCUUCUACUCUGGAUUACGCCUCUGUCCUAACGAACAGUACAAUUUUGACCAAGAGCUCUUCCUCGGCAUUCGAUUUGCCAGACCACCAAAAGGUCAGCUGCGUUGGCGCAGACCAGUGCCGCUCGACUCUGGCGAUGCGCACGCGCCAAAGACGUACGCUGGCGAAAGGUCGCAGGACGGCGCAACGAUUUCAAUGGCCACAUUGUACCCUCUGACGUGCCACUACGGUACCGGCAACAGUGUGACUGCGCUGGACGAAGAUUGUCUAGGGCUCAACAUCGUGCGUCCUUCCAGUCCGUUUGCGAGCAAAGAAGGCGCGCACGACGACCAUCUGCUGCCGGUGCUCGUCUGGAUAUAUGGCGGAGGCUUCAUCGCAGGAUCUUCCUCCGCUACUUACUACAACGGUUCCUUCUUGGUCCAGCAGGCGCAAGAACAUGGGAAACCGAUCAUCUUUGUAUCCAUCAACUACCGCACGCUCUUGGGCUUCAAUGUCAAAAUCCCAGAUAAUGUCAAGGAUGAGGACGAUGCCAAGCAAGGCAACAUUGGCUAUUGGGACCAGCGGCUCGCUUUGACGUGGAUACACGAAAAGUGAGUAGGGCAAGAUUCGACGUGCAAAUCCAGUCAUGCUGAUCGACCUUCUCACCCUGGCUUCACAGCAUUCGGGACUUUGGCGGUGAUCCGAAGCGUGUCACGUUGAUUGGCGAAUCGGCGGGCGGUAUGUACAGCGGUCCUUUUUGGUCUCGUGCUUGAGCUCAUGCCGGACGAGCACCUCUCGACAUUGGCAACAGCCGUGUCCGUCCUGCAGCACCUCGCAGCGUUCGACGGCAAAGAUCCCUAUGAAGCUCAACAUGGCGCUCUGUAUAGAUCAGUGAUAUCUCAAAGUCCCGCGGACAGCACCCGCGAAGAUUCGCGCUGGAGAGACCAAUCCUCGCAUCUGGCAUGGAAGAAUUGGACCAAUGCUGCAAGUUGCAAGGAAGAUGACUUUGUGUGUUUGAGAAGCCUGACCCAAGAAAAGAUUGCCGAAAGCGCUCUAAAUGGCACGGGCUGGCAUCCGCGUGUCGGUGAGUGUAAAGCAGCUCAAGCGCGCGAAGCGGGACAGGAGCGCAAGCUGACUUUGGGCGGAGUUGUUCCUAGACACUUCGCUCAGCCCUCGUACGCUGCUGCAAGCGCUGCAGGGAGGAUUCUUUGCGAGGGACCGAGCGGUGCUCAUUGGAGGUGUGACAGACGAAGGACCUGGCUUCGCACCUCGCAACCUCUCAUCCGUCCAAGAAUUGCGAACCAACCUGAUCACCCCUCAACUCAUCGAUGACGGCAAUUACGUGCCCCCGCUUGGAUUCUUUCCUCGCGAUGCAAGCAUCAAUGAGACUGGACAAGUACAUCCGGUCAUCGAAGCGAAGUUGGACAAGCUGAUCAGUCUCUAUGGGUUGCCGGAUUCUGCUUCGACAGGGGCGCCCAUCAUUUCUCCUUACGGUCAGCCAGCGCCGAACAUCAUUGACGGGGUAGCGAACGCUAUUUGGGGCGACUAUCUGUGCGCACGCAUCCACUCAUUGCGCACAACAUGAGUUGUCCUGUGCGGGAGCUUACCUUGAUCCACUUUUCUGCUCGCUCAGAUUUGUGGCAGUCACACGCGCGUAUGCAAAGGCGUUGGUGAAGUACGGCACAAAGACUUGGAAAUAUCGAUACUCGUACCUAGUAAGCCAAGACUCCGCUCACAGGAGACGCCUGAUGGGGUUUAAGGGAGCUGAGAUGUCCAUCUGUUCUCUCCUCAGCGUCAGUCUCACGCACCUACAGUCGCGACUCCUCGUGGUGUGUAUCACUUCAGCGAAGUGGCCCUGGUCCCAUUCAUCAAUCAGCUCUCAUGGGACCAAAACGUCAAUGCAUUGCCGCCCGGAGAUUCGCCCGACCUGGUCGUGGCCAAACGGACGGUAAAGAAGUGGCUCGACUUUGUCUACGAUGGCCGUCCCACAUCCAACGAAGAAGAAUGGCCAGAAUACGGAGAGAGUGCAAAGAAUUUUGUCAUUGAUGAGGAGGAUUCCUUGGAGGAUGACGUGUUCCGAAAGGAACAGCUUGACUUUGUCGUCGACUUGAUCUUGGACCGCGUCAAGCAGUAG